UGGGCUGGGUUCAAAUCGUUCAUGCUCAGUGAGAUUUUGGAAGUAUUCCAACUCCUUGAUCGAGCACACAACAAAUCCGCUGCUUCUCAACCUUGUCACCGCUGUUAACAGCCUCGUCUACCUCUCCGCCUUUCAUCCUUGUCGCCGCCUCCUCUCAGGUUCAAGAAGUCCCUAAAAAUGGCUGAUGGAGAAGAGGAUUUGCCAAGAGAUGCCAAGAUUGUGAAAACUUUGCUAAAGUCAAUGGGGGUUGACCAGUAUGAACCCCGUGUUGUUCACCAGUUUCUUGAAUUAUGGUAUCGAUAUGUGGUUGAUGUGUUGACUGAUGCACAAGUUUACUCAGAACAUGCUGGAAAGUCAACCAUUGAUUCCGAUGAUGUCAAGCUUGCUAUUCAGUCUAAAGUCAACUUCAGCUUCUCCCAACCUCCUCCACGAGAGGUACUACUGGAAUUAGCAAGGAACCGGAAUAAGAUUCCGUUGCCGAAGUCGAUAGCCGGACCAGGAAUGGCACUGCCCCCUGAUUCCGACACUUUGAUCAGUCCAAAUUAUCAACUUGUGAUUCCGAGGAAAAGAACAAAUGAAGCUAUUGAAGAAACAGAGGAAGAGGAAGAAGGUAGUGACCCUAAAACAAAUAUGUCACAAGAACAAAGGACUGAUUUGCCACAAAAUACUCCUCAACGGGUUUCCUUUCCUCUUGGCCCAAAACGGGCUAGGUGAAGGUCAAUUUCGUAAAUUGAUAUAGAUUGUUAAUUGUUUAUGUAUGUUUGAUAAUUUGAGAUAAUGUUAGUGAAAACUGAAACUUUGACUUGUUAGUUAAAAAAGCAUUUUUAUAUCGUA